AUAACCUAUUUCGACAUCAAAUGUCAAUAUAAAUAAAAAUUUCAGAAAUGAAGGAAAAGAAAUGAUAUUCAAAUCGACAAAUUCGAUAUAUUGAUGAAGAAGAGCUAACAUAAAAAAUUCAAAAUGACUAUUCUAUCUUCUAUUCUGAGAACAGUCUCUCGAAAAGUAUCUCGAGGUAUGGAAUAUGCCAGUAUCAAUAAAAGACAUAAAACAGCGGGAAUGAUAGUUAUUGGCGAUGAAAUUUUGAAAGGACAAGUUACGGACACUAACUCACCAAUAAGUUGUAAAAUUUUACAUGACCUAGGAGUUAAAAUGAAGAAGAUUUCAGUUGUAGGCGAUAAUAUUACUGAUGUUAGUGAUGAAGUUGCCCUUUUCUCAUCUUCAUUUGACUAUGUUAUAACCACAGGAGGAAUUGGUCCCACACAUGAUGACAUCACAUUCGAAGGAGUUGCCCAAGCCUUCAACGAGCCCUUAGUAAUUAACACUGAAAUUCAAGCAUUAUGUGAAAAAUAUAAUCAUGAAUGUUCAAAAAUUAAACUAUCAAGAAUACCAAAAUCAGCAAAGUUGAAAUUCUACCGUGACCUGAAGUUUCCUGGAAUAAGUGUCAAGAACGUAUUCAUAUUCCCAGGAAUACCAGAGUUUUUCCAAAAAGCUUUUCAAGUUGUAGCCCAAGAUUCAUUCCUUUGUAAUGGUCGGUUCUUUUCCAAGGCUGUAUAUUUGAAUGCAUCUGAAGAACAAAUUUUGAAAGAUUUGAAUUCCCUAGUUGCACUAUGCCCAGCUGUUGAAUUUGGAUCCUAUCCAAAAAUUAAUGAUGAAUACUACAAGGUGAAGAUAACAAUCGAAUCCUCAGAUGAAGAAGCUACCAACGAGGCUUAUACAAAAUUAUUGGAAUUGCUUCCAAAACAGGUGGUCGUUGAUGUCAAGUUUUGAAGUAGAGAUUUAUUUUCGAUGUAAAUAAUUAUUUAUUUAGUUUUAUGAAAAAUGGAAAGAAUAUGGUCCAAAAAUGAAAACUUCUAAAAAUAUAGAGUAUAGUCUGUCAAAGUAAUAGUUCCUAAGUCAUUUAGAAAUGAAUAUCCAGUUUUAUUAAAAUUCUGACUGAUGA